AUGAAUGGCGGUGAUGUAUUGGGUAAAGAGGGAAGGAAAGCACUGAACGCUUGUGUAAAGGUCAAGAUAUUUGGAAGACGACAAACACGGCUAUACGAUUAUGAUGCAACACAUUUACGUUUGAGUAAGUGUUUUGGAGGAAACUUUCCUGAUCGACAGCCAUGGCCACAGCCAUAUUUUGGUUGCAGAGACCCUGAAGAGACACCACUUUUGACCAAGGAAAAAGUUCUCCAGCUGCUGCUGCCGUCUUCUGAAGACCGUGGAAUAAUUGACAUCUAUGAUAAUUGCCUUCUUCGCUUUGAUGAUAUUCCUUACGUUGAAAAAUACCCUGCCGUCGAAGGUAAAUUGAAAAAUUUGGUAGACAAACGGCGCGCAGAUGUGGAAACAGAGGUCAAGGAGGCAACUGCAAACCCAGAUCAACGGCACAGAUACUCGUGGCUUGUUGUACAGCGUCGGGUAAGGGAUUGCUUUGCUGGAACUUUUGCGGGGGAUGCAUCAUUACUGCCUAAACACAUGUACAUGUACAAAAGUGAAACAUACUCUGUUAGUGACAUUUAUGAGGCAUUUUGCAAACAUGAUGGUGUAAAUUUUGUGAAUAAUAUUGAGAAAUUUUAAGGUUGUGAAUGGUGUAAAAUGUCGGAAGAAGUCAAGAAACAAAGGGCUAAUGUUGACAAAGAGUAUGCAGAAACUGUCUGUGGUAGUGGUACAGAUAUUUACCAACAGCGGCGUAAAUACUCAGAAAAAGAAGCACUAGAACGAGUAAGUGCCUGUUAUUGUUUUGGAUGUUCAUUGAGUGUAUCGAUUUCCCUAGGGAAGUUGGGCAUCAUGACCAAAAGAUUUAUGACAUUUUUGAUAUUUGUAGAACACUUUGUAAAAGCGAUGGGAAGAAAUUUUAUCACCCAAGAAAAUCAUCUGAUGUCCUUUUACGUACAUCUUCAAAUUUUGUUCUCUUUGAAAAAUAUCCUAGUGAUGGGCCUGGAUCUGCACAAUUGAAGGCAUUAAUAUUAAUGCACACAGAACUGAUUUGGAAAAAGAGUACCAGCAAGACAAAGCCAACAACGUCAAGCGCAGAUAUACUCGUAGUGAGGCUGAGCGGCGAGUAAGAGAUUGCUUUGCUGGUAGUUUUGUAUGUGAUUACACCGAUAUAUUUGCCAGUAAAAGUGUUGAAAAUGGUGAGAAAAAGAUUGACCAGACAUACAAUAUUUUUGACAUUCAAAGUGCCAUCAGGUAUUUUGAUUCAAAAAAGCUUGAUAAGUACCCAGAAGAAGAAGGGCCUGAAGCUGAUGACAAGAGAAAGUUGGUUGACAAGGAAAGAGCUGCUAUUAAAAAAGAGUAUGAUGAAGCCACUGCUAUUGUUGAAAUUGAGCAUGGUUCUGGUUUUAUCCUUCAGGAACACUUUGUUAUCACUAACAAGCAUGUCAUUGAAUCUGCACUUAAUGAUAACAGUAACAAAACUCGAAUUCUAAUUUCCAAUGCAGCCUUGGGUGAACAUGAACUUCCUUGUAAAAUUGCUCACUAUGAUGCAGGUAAAGAUUUAGCACUUCUGUAUUGUCAAGAUCUAGAAAUGAAUCCAAUUCACCCAUUGCAGUUGUCAAAUCAGCCACUGUUACCAGGCAUGCAAGUUUUCUCUUUUGGUUUCUCUAUCAGCCACACCGAAGACACAGCUCUGUUUGUGAAUGGCUAUGUUUCUGGUUCCAAGAAAACACUUCAGGGUCAUACAAUGGCAGUGUUAAACUGCCCUCUUAACUCAGGUAAUUCUGGUGGUCCAGUUCUUUGUUGGGUUGAGGGUCAGUUAAAAGUGGUUGGUGUAGCAACACAGAAACAUUUUAAAGAUAUUUUAACUCUAAGUGAAAGGAUGACAGUUGCAGCAAUACAAGAAAAAAUGCAAGCUAGUGUUAUUCCAGAUGUGUCAGAAUAUUUGAAAGCAGCUCGUUAUGGCGAUUUGCCUCGUCUUGGUAAAACAUCAAUUUAUUUAUUGACAUUAAAACUGUAUGAUGCCUUGGAAACCCACUCACAAUUUAACUUAAGCAAUGCAUUACCAGGGGCUCAAGUG